AGCUCGGCCAGCAGGCGGUCGUCGUCGCCGGUGACGGCCUGCGUGAGCAUGUUGCUCUCGUCCUCCUCGUCCUCUUUGGGCUGGAGCAGAGAGAAGAUCUUGGAGAUGUCCAUCAAACUCAUGGUGACGGCGCUCUCAAGAAUCAUAGUGUGUAGACGAGGAAAGAAACUCACAGAUCCAUCUGGAAUUAAAGAGCAUAUGGAGAUCCCAUCACGUGAACUAAUUACUAUUUUAUGCGUGAGAACUAUUCAAACAAAGACCAAAUUUUCCAUUUACAUAAUCCUUAUCUCAAAAUAUCAGUAUACAAAGGACUUUUUAUAAACUACAAACCACAAGAUGAAAGUGCUUAACAAAAUGUAAUUGUGCUAUUGUUCACAAACUAUGACUUUUUCAUAUGACCUUCAACUAUGAGGUUUGUGGUGGAGAUUUGUGCCAGACAGAAACCACAGCAGUAAGCAACACCAGACGCUCUCCCAAAUGGCCCGUCAGAGUCACACAAACAAACAAAACACUUUGAGGUAAAAUCCACUUACUUUGCUUUUACCCUAGUCCCUCAGACCACCAUCAGACGCUUGCAGCUACAUUAACUCAUCCAUCUUCCGUUCAGCUGCAAAUCCAUGGUGGCUCAAUUACCUAAAAAAAGAGCAAUAGUCUUCUUUCUUUCUCUGCUGAGAAGUUUUCCACUGGGAUAAAUGGAUGGAGGGUAAAGCAAUGUGUGGCAGACUGACACAGUAUAGGCUCAACCCUGCUCAUCUGAAGGGCUAAUUUUAGUCCUCAAAUGGAUCUGCCCAAACUUCCAUUCUUGGAGGGCUGUAGCAGGGGGUUAUAAUUAGAAAGGUGAUAGACUUGUGACAGACUGUUAGGACCUGACUGCGGAACAGGGGGAUGGGGGGAUGGUAGUGUGUGUGUGUGUGUGGGGCAGGAGAGUGUAGUUGGGACAAUUGACCUGAUAGGUCAAUGUAAAUAUUAAAUGUGUCAUUCUGCAGGGACAACCAGUGUUAUUCCUCUGAGUCUAAUUAUUAUGGGUGCCAUGGAGUGUGACCACAAAAAAAAAAGAAAAAAGAAAUGGGAAGGGUCUUUGAAGCGUGACAUGAAAAAGUUUCCCCUACAACAAGGCCAUGUCUGAGCCUGUCACAUUUAAUGGGACGCAUCUGUAUCUCCCCCUCCUUGACACUUUUACACAAAGCCAUCCCGGCCGAGGCGGAGGGAACACAAUUAAGGAUCCACACGGCAGAAGGCGCUUUAUGUGAUAUUCUGUCAUGGUUACAACUUUACUGGCAUGUCGCCGCCUAAUGCGUUGCUGUAGUGUCUGUGUGUGUCGGGGUGACACCAGAGCAGCCAUUCACGAGGAGCCGGCAGCUGUCCUGGAGCCAAGAGUUCUGCCCUGGAUAACAACAAUCAGCUGUGGUCUCCUCAUUCUUCUGGGUGUGAGAGGACACACCAUCAGCAACUUUGCAGGGGGGUUGGGAUCAGUUAUUUAUACCUACAAAAAAUUCUCUAGAUUCCAUUGUUUUACUAUUGGCUACUUCCACAGAAAUAGCCUAUUUAACAUCAGAACCUAUAUGAAGACUUUACAAAUUAUUUAAACAUCCUCAUAAAUUGGUUGUGGAAUGUCACUAUUUCCUUUUACAUAUUUUGAAGUCUGAAGUCUUCCAUUGGAUAUAUUUGGAGUCACUAAGCAGCCUAUUUAGAAAUCAAAACCAUAGUAGGCCUGUAGUAGUAGAUUACUUUUUAUUAUUAUAAUUAGGCUAUUUCAAGAACCUCAUCAAUUGGUUUGAAAACGUUUGAUAUAUAACAAAAAAAUACACUAAAGCAUAACUAAAAAUUGUAUUACUUUAAGGGAGACAAACGUACAUUAAACUAGGCUAAUUGCCUACUGAGAAUAAAACUAGCCUAUGUCGUGGCAAAGUUGCAGUGAGAGGCUACUCCGUUACAGUAGAUGGCAGUAAAUGGAAAUGAGGAGACGAUUAUCUUGCGUUACCUAGACAAUGAAGGCAAGCCACUACUCGGAUUCCUCAUAUCAAAAUAUUAUGUUCAGUGUUACAUGUGACAGUGGAGCGAUUUAAGAGACUACUAAUAUGUGAAAGAUAGAUGUAGUUGGACUGUUUAAACAUGGAAUAAUCGAGUGGCCAUGGAGAACACUCAGCAGCAACGCGACGAAGGCGCCGUCAGGCGGAGAUAUUGUAAAAGAACUAUACAGAAAAUGCAACUCACAAACAGAGACUCGGAGUCGGGACUCAGGGAAAAUAACAGCUGUGAAAACCCCGAGUCCGAAGAUCUCCCUCAAGUGCCACAACAACUAGUCAACUUAAUCAGAAUGAAGGCUUUCAGAGAAAAGUUGAAGACGGCUGCAGAAAUGGAGUUACAUGAUCCUAGGCACUGCAGGUCAUGCCAGGUCAAACAGGCUGAGCUGGCGCGAGAUGACUUCAUCAGGAGGAAGACGACACAGCUCCUGUCUCCCCUUCUGGACGAAAAAAUCCAAUCCCACUUCCUUAAUAGAAACUCCAUUUGUCUGAUAGGAGAGGUAUUGAGAGACCUGCCUAGGCCAUCAGAUGACCCUGGCCUUGUCUGGGAGGCUCUGAAGGCCAGGGAAGUGGAACUGACCCAACAGAAAGACUCAAGCUGAUCCUGCCUUUCCCCUUGUUCAGUGGGAUCACCGCUGUGACUUUGAUAUCGACUUGGGACCUUGAGGAUAAAUGUACGAGUCACUACAAUGGAUGCAGAGCUGGAGUUUGCCAUCCAGCCUAGCACCACAGGCAAACAACUCUUUGACCAAAUUGUCAAGACAAUUGGGUUGAGAGAGAUCUGGUUCUUCGGGCUCCAGUAUCAAGACAGCAAGGGAUUCUCGACGUGGCUCAAGCUCAAUAAGCGGGUUACGGCCCAGGACGUCAGGAAAGAGAACCCACUUCUGAUCAAGUUCCGGGCCAAGUUCUACCCUGAGGACGUGGCCGAAGAGCUCAUCCAGGAGGCCACACAACGGCAGUUCUUCCUCCAGGUGAAAGAGGGCAUCCUCAACGACGACAUCUACUGCCCCCCAGAGACGGCCGUGUUGCUGGCCUCCUAUGCAGUGCAGACCAAAUACGCAGACUACAACAAGGACUACCACAUCCCUGGCUACCUCUGCAGGGACAAGCUGCUCCCGCAGAGAGUGCUGGAGCAGCACAAACUGACCAAGGAACAGUGGGAGGAACGUAUUAUGGUCUGGCACAGACAGCACAAGGGUGUGUUGAGGGAGGAUGCCAUGGUGGAAUACCUGAAGAUUGCCCAGGACCUGGAGAUGUACGGGGUGAAUUACUUCAGCAUUAAGAACAAGAAGGGCUCCGAGCUUUGGCUGGGAGUUGAUGCCUUGGGACUCAACAUUUACGAGCGUUCAGACAAGCUGACCCCCAAAAUUGGAUUCCCGUGGAGCGAGAUAAGGAACAUUUCCUUCAACGACAAGAAGUUUGUCAUAAAGCCAAUUGACAAGAAAUCUCCAGACUUUGUGUUCUACGCUCCCCGACUGCGCAUCAACAAGCGCAUCCUGGCACUGUGCAUGGGCAACCAUGACCUGUACAUGCGCAGACGCAAGCCCGACACCAUCGAGGUGCAGCAGAUGAAGGCCCAGGCCAGGGAGGAGAAGACCAAGAGACAGCAGGAGAGAGCCCUUUUGGAGAACGAGAAGAAGAAGAGAGAGAAUGCAGAGAAGGAGACGGAGAAGAUCGCCCGGGAGACCAUGGAGCUGAUGGAGAGGCUGAGACAGAUCGAGGAACAAACGAAAAAAGCCCAGGAGGAGCUGGAGGAGCAGACCAAGCGAGCCCUGGAGCUGGAGAAGGAGCGCAAGUUCGCCCAGGAGGAGGCCGAGCGUCUGGACAAGGACCGGCGCCUAGCGGAGGAGGCCAAGACUGCGCUGCUGCAGCAGUCCGAGAGCCAGCUCAAGAACCAGGAGAACCUGGCCACAGAGCUCGCUGCGCUCACUUCAAAGAUCUCCCUCCUCGAGGACGCCAAGAAGAAAAAGGAGGAUGAAGCCCGCAAGUGGCAGAAGAGGGAGCUGCACCAGGCGGAGCACCACGACCACGAGGAGAACGACGAGAGCAGCGCCGAGGCCAGCGCCGAGCUCACCGCCACCGGGACGUGCCGCGACCGCAGUGAGGAGGAGCGCAUGACCGAGGCCCGCAAGAACGAGCGCCUCCAGAAACGCCUGCUGGCGCUAAGCUCCGAGCUGGCCGACGCUCGUGACGAGAGCAAGAAGACCCCGAAUGACCUGAUCCAUGACGAGAACGUGAAGGCGGGCCGAGACAAAUACAAGACCCUGCGUCAGAUUCGGCAAGGCAACACGAAGCAGCGCAUCGACGAGUUUGAGUCUAUGUAACGCCACUGUGACGGUUGAUUGCAUUGCCACUAUGACUGUGCAUGAUGUAAUGCUAAAUAUAUUGAGAAAGAGAAAACAAACUAUGCUAUUUAAGACUACAAACCAUGUAUUUGCUGUUAUUGGGAAAUAUUGUCUUGUAAUCAGAGAUUGUAGAGUCGCCAGUGAUUGUUAUGUUGGUUGGGUCUGUUGGAUGUUUUGCUAAAGUGUCUAUCACAGGUGCAUAUGUUCACCUGUUGAUUAUUUGAAUUAUUUUAGAACUAUUUAGAACUAUUUAAGUAAGUUGUGGUGCAAGAAGAUAUCCACAUAUUUACAUCAAUUACAUGUUGGGAUACUAUAUAGUCAUUUGGAGAGUGAUUUCUCUAAAUGCAUAACACUCCAAGAAAAUGUGCUUCCCCUUGCUCUACCACGUGUGUAUGGCAUACAGAGGGGUACAAUAAAAACACUGUGUGUUGUAGUAUUACAUGGUUUAAAGGUAAAGUCUGUUAUUUGGUUUCAGGUUGUUGAUAUUGGGGCUCAUGGCUUAUCAAACUACACUCCAUCCAUGCCCUCACGCCUGACUGGGUUGAUUAACGGGGAUUGUUUAUAGUUUGGAUCGCUUUAUGGAAUUAGAAUUGAGGAUCUGUACCUUUAAAUAAUGAUUCUGAAAAAAGUUUACAGUAUAUUUGAAUACCUUCAGAUUUACAUACACAUACAUAGACAUACAGAGUUGAACACUAAAUGCUUAUGAAUAAUCUGUUACUUUAAUCAGUUACUUCAGUGACUUACUGUAAUGUAAUCAGUUGUUUUUUUGUCCCGUCUUUUUAUUGUCUAAACGGUGAAUGAUUAAUUUGUGAAUCCCUUCUUAAUGUGUGAGGAUAAUACUUUGCCCUUUUCACAGCAGGCUUGGGCCCCAGUUUCAAAAUCAUUGGAAUGCCAUAAUAUGUCAUAUUAAACAUGUCGAUAAUUGUUUCUGUUGUCCUCUGAGACACCUUUGCAUGGCGCAUCAGUAGUAUGGACUGUAUAAUCUAACUGCAGAUAAACAAACACUGUG